CAACACUCAACCAACACGAAACAACAAUCACAAUGGUCACCAUAGACCACACAGCAUACCCAGCUAUCAUGGAUGACAUCAUCGCCUACGCCCCCAUGCAAGCACUCUUCAAGCUCCGUCUCACAUCCAAGGCCUUCCGCGCGCGGGUCGACGCCUUGGUGGGGCGGCACGUCCUCCUCGGCCCUCUCACAGUCACAGGUACCACGCUCCUCCUUCCCAAGAUAUAUCGCUUCAACCCAGGGCCCUCCAGCUGGGCUGUGCCCGCCAAUCCCUCCGUUGUGCGGGUCCUCGACGUCGACUUCGGGACCCUCGAUGAUCCUGCCCUUUCCAUUGUUCUGAGCCAGUUCACCGGCGUCACGACUGUGCGGAGGUUCAGCCUUCCGUAUACGGAGAACGAGGAGCUAUUCGAGCUCCCACCUUCAGCCAGGACGGUGGUCGACUAUCUUCCGCUCUCCAUCAACACGUACGUCCCCGUCUCUUCUGGCCGACGACACAUCCUCCAUGUCGGCCUGUGUCCGACUGUGGGACCGAACGGCCCAGCCACAGACGCGGCUGUUGACGACAAUGUGGAAGACGUCGUGGUGGUUCUCUCGAUGGAUAUGAUGCCACCGGGGCUCGCUGUCCCAGAGAUCACCUUUCAAUGUCUCUGCGACACCCUCUACGGCCCCCUUAUCUCGUUCACGCAGCAGGUCACCGUUGUUGGCCUCGAGCUUCUUGCACCGGCAGCACAGACCGACCCAGCCCCCCACCCUUCAAUGCAGAGGACGUACAGAUUGAUCAAGCGUUUUCUGGAUGGAUGGUGCGAGUUCUUCCGACCGGGCGCGAUCAAUUUGAGGUACCUCACCACGGAGGAGUGGUGGGCCGAGCUGGACGAGGGCGAGACGUCCCUCGUCGGUGUCUGGCCGUCCGAGUGCAACACUAGCCUGGUCGACGUCAGCGAGAACUAAGGGGAGAGGCUCGCGUCCAUAUGUACAUAGAUUAUGAUGCGGGGUGAAGUUGAGUCGCAAAGAUGGCUGUGUGGCUCUGCUCCAUGACCAGCAUGCAUGGUGUGUGAUAUGAG